AUGAUUUGUAAAACACUUCUCUUGCUCAUUCUGACCGUGAGAAAUGUGUCAUCAAGUCUCGAAUCAUCUGGGCUUUCUGUCAAACUAAACGAUGUGGAUUACUUCAUCUCGCCAUUUUCUCAGGGAAGGGCAUAUGAUCAGCCACUUGACGCCAAAUCUCGCGGCGGCCAAUUCGGUUUUGUGCCUGUGACAGUGAUUGCGGAGACCAGUACCAAUAUCACUGAUCUGCUCACUAAUUGGACAAGAAUCGACGAUGUUUGGCAGCCUGGCUUUCUUACCACCAUCAUCCUCGCCAGCUCUGGCAGAUCGAGAUCUAGGCCUGUGAGCAUGACCUACUAUCCCAACUUUACAUCUGAGAUUCUGCCUCUGCAAGAGAGUAGCCGGAUUCCUUCCGGUCCUUAUUUCCUCGACACUUACACAGGAGAGGUCCAUCAAGCCUUUCGCCUCUACGAUGACUUCGCUGGUGCUUUCACUCAAUCUUUACUACAAAAACCCGAUGGGACUUUCCAAACCUUAUCUGCUCAUAUCCAAUCUUCGGCCUCAUUGACUAUUGGUGUACCAUCCCGUCUCUAUUUCACAGCGACCAAGGAGAAGCCUUUAGCUGGUGUUCGUGUGGGAGUCAAAGACAUCUUCGCUCUCGCUGGUGCAAGGAGAUCCAACGGCAACCGAGCGUGGUACGGUCUUUAUCCGCCAGCAAGCCAGACUUGUGCUGUGAUGCAGAAUCUGCUAGAUGCGGGUGCUAUUAUUGUUGGCCUUCAGAAAUUGUCGCAGUUUUCCAAUGGCGAGACACCUACAGCGGAUUGGGUCGACUACCACGCACCGUUUAACCCUCGGGGAGACGGAUACCAAGAUACUGCAUCAUCAUCUGCUGGGGCCGGCUCAUCCAUAGGAUCGUAUGAGUGGCUCGACCUGGCUGUUGGAAGCGAUACCGGAGGGUCUAUUCGAGGUCCGGCAGCAGUUCAGGGUGUAUUCGGAAAUCGGCCGACUCAUGGUAUUGUCAGCCUUGACAAUGUCAUGCCCAUGUCACCCAGUCUAGACACUGCCGGCUUCUUGGCUCGCGACCCCUAUAUAUGGGGCGCUGCACAAGCCGCAAUGUAUAAGGGCAAUUACACAUCUUACGGCAGCUUUGAAUAUCCUGGGAAGCUGUAUACACUUGACUUUCCUACCGAAGACACCCCGACAACUAAGAUUCUGAACAAAUUUUCGGCCGAUCUUGCCGCAUUCUUAAAUGCCACAGUAACACCGCUCAACAUCAGCAAAGAAUGGGAGAACUCUGCUCCUACUCAGGUUGGAAGCAAUACUAUUUCUCAACUUCUUAAUCUCACAUAUACAGCUCUCAUCACCAUGGAUCAAACACAAUUACUUCGCGACCAGUUUUACAAAGAUUACGCAGCUGUUCACGACGGACGCCUUCCCUUUGUUGACCCAGUUCCCUUGGCCCGCUGGUCUUGGGGUGAUGAGCAGCCUGACUAUCAAAGAACUAAUGCUAUUGAAAACAAGACGCUGUUCAUGGACUGGUUCAACGAGAAGAUUCUGUUUAGAUCUCCCAACACCAAGACUUGUUCAAGUAGCAUCAUCUUGCACACAGACAGCACGGGCAGUCUCUCCAACCGCAAUCGCUACCUCAACCCACCCGCUCUCCCAUUCGGCUUCUCCAAUGGAGAGAUUUCUGUGUUUGCAGAGACCCCGGAUAGCGUUUUCCCGCUCGGCGAGAUCCCCGUCCAGAGCACUAUCACUAACCAUACCGAGCUUGUUCCAGUAGCAGUCGAUGUCAUGGUGGCUAAAGGAUGUGAUGGAUUGAUUGCUCAACUCGCAUUAGACCUUGUCGAGGCAGGGAUUAUUAAGAAACCAAAGGCUGGGUCAACGCUCAAUGGAGGAGAAAUCUUACUUCGACGAGGCGAUGUGCCAUUAACCUCGGCAUAA